AUGGUGAGUUCAAAUGGGAAAUUGGAGUCUCAAACAUUUUCAGUGAAGAAACUUGAUCAUACAGUAGUCCUGCCGGCUGGGAAGACGUCGAAGGGCUUGUAUUUCCUCUCCAACCUUGACCAGAUCUUCCCUUAUCCCAUUGAGAUUGUGUUUGCAUUCAAAGGAGAUGGGAAACAGACCGAAACGUCAGCCAAAGCUAUCAAAGAAGCAUUGGCUAAAACUUUGGUUGAGUAUUAUCCUCUUGCAGGUUGUCUUACCACAAGCUGGGAUGGGAAGAUGAUGAGCAGAUGCACCGGCGAAGGCGUGCCAUUUGUCGAGGCGGUUUCCGAUAACGACAUGGAAGUGUUGGGGGAUAUCACCAUCAUUGAUCCUGUGAAGCUGCGAAAACUUGUUCAUUUCAAGGAGGACGUUGAAGAUAUCAUAGACAUACCACCACUGACAGUGCAGUCACUUCGUCUGCCAUGGCUCAUGGCUCAGCAUAGCGGCAGAGGAAGUGAUACCCAGACCUUUACACUGCUACCCACACCUCUCUCACUCCUCUGUCAUGGCUCAGCGGCAGCACACAGUGGCAACACCAGCGUUCUCAGCCCAGCUACUCUCUGCCUCCCGCCCAAACCCAAUUACUUCCUCUCAAACCCAGUCACUUCCUCUGCCAUGGCUCAUGGCUCAUGGCUCAACACUACCCAGAAACCUUACACUGCUACCCACACCCCUCUCACUCCUCUGCCAUGGCUCAGCAGCACACAGCAGUGGCUCACCAAGUUCAGCCCAGUGUGGGUGAUCGUAUGCCGAUUAGUGUUUGUGGUUGAUUUCGUGAAGUGGCCGUUAGGGUGUGACUGGACAGAGAGGGAGAGAAUUGGGGCGAUUAUGGUGUGGCUGUGA